UACAGUGUGUGUGUGUUUUAAGAAACUCUGCACUUUUGCACUGAAAUCCCAGUGUAAGAAAACUAAUAAGUACCUUUGGAGUCAGAAAGAGCAGUUCAAGAUGGUGAGCUUCAGAUAGUAAUUCAAAGAGAUCAAGCGCAUUCUAAAGUUCUCCUUGUGAGAACUUUUUCCCUGUCUGCAGGUAUGCCGGGGUCCAGGUACGUCUGUGUGGAGGGUUGGAGCAGUAAGCAGGUAGCUAGCUGGCUGAAGGAACAGGGAUUUUGUGAAUAUGUGGAUCUACUGUGCUCUAAACACCGUUUGGAUGGAGCCAGCAUGCUGUGCCUUAGUGAAACUGAUCUACGGUCCCCUCCACUAGAGCUUAAGGUGCUGGGUGACAUAAAGAGACUGAUGCUGGCAGUGCGGAGACUACAGAGACAACACACAGCUCUCUCAUACUUGGUGUCAGAGGUCAAUGCAUUGUCUCCCAUUCACACUGUGGGACUGGACCAUACAGUAUGUAACAGCUUUGCAGAACGAGGGUCAGGAAACUACCAACACUGUAACGGGGUAGGGGCGGUCACCACAGUAGGUGGAGAACAUAGCACUGGUUAUUCUAAUGGGAAGCGUAAACAGAAUUCUGGUCGGUUGGACCCAGAGUAUUGGAAGACUGCACUCGGUGCCCUAUAUGCCAUGCUGGUGUGUGGAGUGACAUCAUUUGUAAUGGUGCUUGUGCAUGAGCGAGUACCUGACAUGCAGAUGUACCCGCCACUUCCAGACAUAUUUCUGGACAGUGUACCCAGAAUUCCCUGGGCUUUCGCCAUGGCUGAAGCAUGUGGAGUGGUGCUGGGUUUCAUAUUACUGCUAGUGUUGUUGAUGCACAAACACAGGUCCAUUCUGUUUCGCAGGCUGUGUAGUUUAAUGGGGACAGUGUUCUUGCUCCGCUGUGUCACUAUGUUUGUCACUUCACUGUCUGUACCUGGUCAUCAUCUGCAGUGUUCAGGCAAGAUGUAUGGUGAUAUCUGGACAAAAGUGCAGCGUGCAUUGGACAUCUGGAGUGGACUUGGCAUGUCUUUAACGGGCGUUCAAACAUGUGGGGAUUACAUGUUUAGUGGACACACUGUUGUUCUCACCAUGCUCAACUUCUUUGUCACUGAGUAUAUGCCACGUAACUGGAACUUCAUCCAUACCAUGUCUUGGGUCUUAAACCUGUUUGGAAUCUUCUUCAUCUUGGCAGCUCAUGAACACUACUCUAUUGAUGUCUUCAUUGCAUUCUACAUUACCACCAGACUGUUCCUGUAUUACCACACGCUUGCAAACACACAGGCCUAUCAGCACAGCCGCAGAGCACGUAUCUGGUUCCCCCUCUUCUCUUUCUUUGAGUGCAAUGUGACCAGACCUGUUCCAAAUGUGUAUAGCUGGCCUUUCCCCAAACCUAUCUUAAUGAAGAAAAUUAUAGGAUAGACCGUGUGAGUUUUUGUGUAGCACAGACUGUGGCUCCACAGUCGUCUUUUUGUUUGGUGUCUUGGUGGAUUAUUUAUUUGUUUAUUUAUUGCUUUUUGUUCACUUUCUUGCAACCUUUAUCUAAUGGUUUGGAUGGUUAAAAGGGACAUAUUUUAGUCAAGUCAAGUCAAUUUUAUUUGUAUAGUGCCUUUCACAACACACAUAGUUUCAAAGCAGCUUUACAGAAGAUCAGGCAUUAACAGGUGAUAAAACUGUAAUAUCUAUAAUGUCGAUGAAUCAUCAUUGUGUAAUUAGAUAAACUACGAUUAUUAAUCAUGUUUAAAAAUAAGUAAUUAAAUAAUAAUUGUAUUAAUAUCCCCAGUGAGCAAGCUGAAAGUGACUGUGGCAAGGAACAAAACUCAAUAAGAUGUUGAUUAAUGGAGAAAAAUAACCUUGGGAGAAACCAGGCUCACUGUGGGAGCCAGUUCCCCUCUGGCUAACAUCAUGAAUAUAAUGUAAAUAUUACUUAUGUUAAAGUCAUGGUUUAAAAUUAUUAAACUAUGUAAGUGUUAAGGGUCAGUGUUUAAACAUUGAUUUUGUUUGAACUGUAAGAUUAAUGACCAAUGUCUUUGAAGUCCAUCCUGGAUUUUAGGUUACAAACUAGUAAUUAUAAGGGUACUAUGCUAUAAAUGUGGUUUAUGAGGACAUUUCUAGUGUCCUCAUAAUUCAAAUCCCUCAAAACGGGUUAGGUUAGGGUUAGGGAUGGAAUCUAUAGUUUGUACAGUAUAAAAAUAAUUAUGUCUAUGCAGAGUCCUCAUAAGGAUAGCCGCACCAACAUGUGUGUGUGUGUGUGUGUGUUCAUGCAUAUGGAAGUCGGCUACUCGCUCAUGGAAGUCAUGUGUUUGUGAAUGCAACUAAAAUGUAUAACACUGUUUCUGUUUAAGUGAUUUAUUUAAAUGUAGUUUGGUGCAGAAGUCUUAUCAACUGGUUUACCAUUUACAAGACCAGACUUACUACAAUAAUACAACUUUACAGACUUAAACUUACAAAACACUGUUGUAUGUGUGUUUUUGUUUUGUUUUUGCAUGUCUCAUGACUGAACAUCAUGAUGCAAAAAGCAAUGAGGUUUGAUGUGCCACUAUAUUUGAUUUGUUCUUUGUUUACAGAAGUUGAUCAAUGAUUGGAUUUGAGAGAGAAUAACAACUCAAAGUUGCUGUGAAGUUGCUGUGUAUUUCCUACUGAAACAGGAACAUGGUAGUGGGACAUGUCGAACAACCAUUUUUUUUAAAUAGCCAAAAAGCUUUAGCUUACAGCCAUCUACACAUACCCCUUUCCACCAUGCUGCUCAUGUAAGAGCCAUUUACCAGGGAAACUUGAGAAGAUCUCAUUACCUGCUAGCUUUUCCAAAGAUCUGAAAACCGAAUGAUGAUCUAACUGACAGCAUAACCUAUAACCAGCCCACAAAGGCUCACAUCACAAUGCAGUUGGAGCUGUUGUGGAAGUCCAAUGAAAAGGAAUGAGAUACAAGAGGUUUAAAGAUAAUAUAUCCAUGUUUUAAAUCAUAAUACUCUAAGCAUAAAGACUAAAGAAUAC